AUAGAAGGAAGUUAAAAAAAUAAUAGAGAAGAAAAAGGAGAGCCUUUAUAAAGCGUAAAAUACUCGCUUUUAUUGUGUUUCCCACACGAAAACUCUCUCGUCUUUGUUUUUCACAAUCUCGUCUUUGUUUCUCACUCUCAGCCAUUCCAAGUCCAUGGAUCCCUACAAGUACCGGCCAUCCAGCGCCUUCAACUCUCCGUUCUGGACCACAAACUCCGGUGCUCCCGUUUGGAACAACAACUCAUCCCUAACCGUUGGAAAUAGAGGUCCAAUUCUCCUAGAGGAUUAUCAUCUUGUCGAAAAGCUUGCAAACUUUGACAGGGAACGGAUCCCAGAACGUGUUGUCCAUGCUAGGGGAGCAAGUGCAAAGGGUUUCUUUGAGGUCACACAUGACAUUACUCACCUGUCAUGUGCCGAUUUCCUUCGUGCCCCCGGAGUUCAGACACCCGUUAUUGUCCGUUUCUCAACUGUUAUUCACGAGCGUGGCAGCCCUGAAACCUUGAGGGAUCCUCGUGGUUUUGCUGUGAAGUUUUACACCCGGGAGGGUAACUUCGACCUUGUUGGAAACAACUUUCCAGUCUUCUUUGUUCGUGAUGGGAUGAAGUUUCCAGACAUGGUCCAUGCCCUUAAACCCAAUCCCAAGUCCCACAUCCAGGAGAAUUGGAGGAUUCUUGACUUCUUCUCCCACCACCCAGAAAGCCUUCACAUGUUCACCUUUUUGUUUGAUGAUGUGGGUGUCCCACAAGAUUACAGGCAUAUGGAUGGUUCUGGUGUUAACACUUAUACUCUGAUCAACAAGGCUGGGAAAGUACACUAUGUUAAAUUUCACUGGAGGCCCACAUGUGGGGUUAAGUGUCUGUUAGAGGAUGAUGCUGUUAAGGUCGGAGGAUCCAACCACAGCCAUGCUACUCAAGAUCUUUAUGAUUCGAUUGCUGCGGGCAACUAUCCUGAGUGGAAACUGUACAUUCAAACUAUAGAUCCCGACCAUGAAGACAAAUUUGACUUUGACCCGCUUGAUGUGACUAAGACCUGGCCCGAGGACAUCUUGCCCCUGCAGCCUGUUGGUCGUUUGGUCUUGAACAAGAACAUAGAUAAUUUCUUUGCUGAGAAUGAACAAAUUGCAUUCUGCCCUGCAAUUGUGGUACCUGGUGUUUACUAUUCAGAUGACAAGUUGCUUCAGACUAGGAUAUUCUCUUACUCUGACACACAAAGGCACAGGCUUGGACCAAACUAUUUGCAGCUCCCUGUUAAUGCUCCCAAGUGUGCUCACCACAACAAUCAUCAUGAGGGUUUUAUGAACUUCAUGCACAGGGAUGAAGAGAUCAAUUACUUCCCUUCAAGGUAUGAUCCUGUUCGUCAUGCAGAAAAGGUCCCCAUUCCUUCUGUUAUUCUCAAUGGAAGGCGUGAGAAGACCAUAAUUGAGAAGGAGAACAACUUCAAGCAACCAGGAGAGAGAUACCGUUCUUUUGCACCGGACAGGCAAGAUAGAUUUAUCCGCCGAUGGGUCGAUGCGCUGUCUGACCCACGUGUCACCCAUGAAAUCCGCAGCAUCUGGAUCUCAUACUGGUCUCAGGCGGAUCGUUCUCUUGGUCAGAAAUUAGCAUCUCAUCUGAACGUGAGGCCAAGCAUCUAAGGCUGUUUGGCACACCAAAGCAGAGAGUUUGUUUGCAAGAGUUGCAGAUGUGGAAGGAUUAUGAUAAGGAUAAUGCCAGUUUGGAUCACUUUAAAGGGUUGAUAUAGCAAUAUAUUUGUGUUGUAUACCAAAUACCAAAUAUAUACCUACAAAUUUGUCUAUGCAACUCCUUUAAGCUGUCGUCUCAAAAUAAAUAAUGUUUUGUUUGCGUUA